AUGGCUACAGAAGAAGAAGUGUUAAAGAAGCUUCAGAAUUGGGUAAUCAACGAGAAUAAAGCCGUCAGCGGCAAGUUCCUCUUAAGAAAUACCAAAUUAAAUGCAAAACAAGUUCAAUCGUAAGUCAAUCUUCGAUUAUUUUAUUGGUUUAGAGUGUUGAAGACCUUCCUGAAGGAUCAAAAAGAUGGAGAACAUAGUCUAACCGCUUCGUAUAUUGUUUUUGGCAAAGCUUUGGGCAAAAAACUCGGUGGAGAAGAUGUUGGGGAUAGAACAGUCAUAAAGUCUACGAUUUGUACGGAAGACAAGCUCGAAAAGGUGUGUAAAGAAGCAUUUGUGGAAGUGAAUCAAAAGUCCAUCUUUUCAAUUCAAAAAGGGAGUUUAAAGAAUUUGAUUCGGCCAUUGAAUAACAUAUACGCUGGAUGUAUCAAAGCUCCUGUAGUUAAGAUUGAAGAUAGGUUGAAUAUUGUGAACUCUGUAGCGGCAAAAGAUGUAAAGAAGGAUAUCAAGGAUGUUAAACUAGAUGAAAUAGAAUUGCCACUACUGGAACCGAGAGUUAAACGAGGUCCAAAAGUAUUUAUCAAGAAGAUUGUGGUGAAGAAGGAUCAACACGGGAUCAAGGAAGCUUUUGCUAAGAGCGAGGCAAUUGUUGAUGAAGUAAGUAGAUUCCUUCUUUUAAGAGUAAUAUAGUUUAUUUGCAGUUACAAUGUAUAUUUUCAGGAGCCUGAGGUCGUACCUUCUAAACCAAGCUCGAGUGUGUUAAAACGAGUUGAAAAGUUUGAAUUACCGGUCGAGCCAAAGACUAAGAAGAAUGGUUGUGCCAAUAGCAAGAAAGAUAAAAGUAAAAAGGAUAAUAAGAAGGAGUUUAAUUGGGGAAAGGUGACAGAAAAUCUAAAAACAGAAGAGGAAGAAGCAGAACCUGAAGUUGUUCCUAAGAAUAAGAAGUCUGACAGUUUUGGUAAGACAAAUUAAUUUAAACGUUUUUCUUUUUACUAGGAACGGAAGCCAAUACUUUUUUAUAUGCUAUAAUUCACAAUAUUUAUGUUUUUGUUUAGAUGAUGAUUUAUUUUCCACUGAAGACAAUGUGCACGGAUCAGUACUACACGAAGACAAGCCAAAAGUUCUGUCUAAAGUUAGACAGGAGGAAGAAGAUGACGAUGAGGAAAUUGGUAAGAAUCUUAAUAAUUUUUUAUUUUAUUCGUGUUUUAAUUAUAGCAUAAUUUAGUUUUUUUUGUUAUUUAUUCACUCGUAUUCGCUCAUAAAUUACUGAGGGGAGUCAUAGAGUACGGAUUCUGUUUUUUCUAACGUGAGUUAGCUCUUAUUCGUGGGUCGUGGUUUGGGAAGUCGUCCGCCCAUCUCCUCCGGGGUCGUCCAAGCGGUCUGGUUUCGAAUUUAGUUUUGUAAGUCAUAAUUUGAAAAUUCAGUCUAGCAUUAUGUAUUUUGACAUUAAAUUAUUAUUUUACAUUUUUAGUUGCUGCAAAACGUAGAAGAAUAAUAUCGGAUGAUGAUGAUGAAGAACAGAUGGAAACAGAAGCAGAAAGUAUAACUCAUACGGAAGAAAACAAGAAGAAAGAGUUUGAACCUGUACACUAUAAGAAGCAAGAAGUUGUGGAAGAAUAUGUUGACGAAGAUGGAAUGACUGGUAUGUUAGCUAUAAAAUUUUAAAGGCUUGUGUAACGAAAUAUUUUUGUUCAUAUUAAUGUUUUAAAAGAAUUUUCAGUUGAUCUUUACUUUUUAGUCACGAAAACAACUGUAAAAUUGGUGAAAGAAGAGCCGAGUCCAUCUAACUCUCAACCUGUCAAAGCUAAACCCAAACCUGUCCUCAAACCAAGUAAUACGACUAGUAAAGGACCAAAGAAGGCUCCAGCUGGUCAGCCGACAAUUAGUAGUUUUUUCACGAAAAAGUAA